AUGUCAGACGGAUGUGUGGGCCAGAACAAAAAAUCGCCCACGUUAAAAACUGUUGAAAUUAUUUUUCCAGUUACAGGGCACUCGUAUAUGCCAGCUGAUCGCGUAUUUGGCCUGACGGAAACGAAGAUACGUAAACUUGAAACAAUAGUUGAUCCAAAAGAAUAUGAAGAAAUAAUGGCAGAGCACGCAAUGGUUUAUAAAUUAGGGACAGAGGUUCCCGUUUAUGAUUACAGGACUGCCGUGGGAGAAGUGGUGAAGCCUACUAAUGAGUGGCACUUUCAGAUAACUAAAAUAAAAAGAGUUAUUUUGAGAAGAGGCAAAAGAACCCACAAAAUUUUGACAAGGGGUGAGAUCUCAUACCAAAGCGACACCGGCAGUAGCGAAAUGCCUACUGCGUCCCACCAAAACUUUCAUGGAUAUGACUCCAGAACAAGUCCAGCUGGGAGUCGGCGUGAAGGAAAAGAAAUUAAAAGAUGUGGAAACGUUGCUAAAUACACACUACGGCUGUAA